ACCGUCACUGAUUUGAAGGGUCUAUAAUGAAUCUAUAUGUCAAAAACUGGGUCCUACGACUCCCACUACCACCCUCAUUAAAAAGGCCACACCGCUCAUCUUUAUCAGUCACAACUUAACCCCUCUCUCUCUCUCUCUCUCUCUCUCUGUGUUGUUGUUGUUGUUUUUGGACUUCAAGUUUACUAAACGGUGCCGUUUGAGAUCAUGGGUCAGAGAAGAGGCAGUGCAGGGGUUGGUGUGGUUUUGAUGAUGUGCCUGAGUUUGCUGCUGCUGCAUUCUGAAUGGGCUGAAGCCAGAAGCUACACUGUUGGGGAUGCAGGUGGUUGGACGUUUAACGUUGCUGGGUGGCCUAAGGGGAAGCCAUUUAGAGCCGGUGACGUGCUUGUUUUCAACUACGCGUCUUCUGCUCACAAUGUGGUUGCUGUGAACAAGGCUGGGUAUCGGACAUGUAGCAGUCCAAGAGCUGCCAAAGUCUUUCAGACUGGAAAAGAUCAGAUCAAGCUUGCUAAAGGACAGAACUUCUUCAUUUGCAAUUUCCCAGGCCACUGCCAAUCUGGCAUGAAAAUUGCCAUCACUGCAGCCUAGGCUUAUCUCAUAUAUAUUUAUAUAUAUAUAAUA